UAGAGCGGCCACUUGAGUAUCUGGUCAAUAUAAUGGCUACUCUGUAAUAUAAAUAACGGUACAGGGAAAUAAGCGAGCACGGGGCAGUGCAAUCAGCCGUGUAGCCAACCUUUAAUCAUACAUUGUGUUUAAACUAGCUGAUACAGUUGUUGCAAAUAAUCUAUGGUGUUCUAGUAUCGAUAGGACAAUCGUCAACACGAGCAUGGCAACUCCUCUACCCCCUUGCGUGAUAGAUUGUGGGACAGGAUACACCAAGAUUGGAUAUGCUGGAAACACAGAGCCACAGUUUAUCAUGCCAUCCUGCAUUGCUAUACGGGAGUCAGCCGGUGUAGGAGACCAGGCACAGAGGCGACUUGUGAAGGGAGUGGAUGACUUGGAUUUCUUUAUAGGAGAUGAAGGCAUUGAUAAGCCCAACUAUGCAACCAAGUGGCCCAUCAGACAUGGGAUGGUGGAAGACUGGGAUUUGAUGGAAAAGUUCAUGGAGCAGAUCAUCUUUAAGUAUCUGCGGGCAGAGCCUGAAGACCAUAGCUUCCUUAUGACAGAGCCUCCGUUGAACACGCCAGAGAACAGAGAGUAUCUGGCUGAGAUCAUGUUUGAGACCUUUAAUGUCCCAGGCCUGUACAUCGCAGUGCAGGCAGUUCUUGCCCUGGCAGCAUCAUGGACAUCUAGACAAGUAGGCGAGCGAACACUGACAGGAAUCGUGAUUGACAGCGGAGAUGGAGUCACCCAUGCCAUACCUGUGGCUGAAGGCUACGUCAUUGGGAGCUGUAUAAAACACAUCCCCAUAGCAGGUCGAGACAUCACCUUGUUUAUUCAGCAGCUCCUCAGAGAGAGGGAGGUGGGCAUCCCCCCGGAACAGUCCAUGGAGACAGCCAAGGCAGUCAAGGAGAGGUACUGCUACAUCUGUCCAGACAUUGUGAAGGAAUUUGCCAAAUAUGACACGGACCCUGGGAAAUGGAUCAAGAAGUACAAAGGCAUCAAUGCCAUCAGCAAAUCUGAAUUCCACAUAGACGUUGGAUAUGAACGCUUUUUAGGUCCAGAAAUAUUCUUUCAUCCAGAGUUUGCCAACCCAGACUUCAUGCAGCCAAUCUCAGAUAUAGUUGACGAGGUUAUAAUGAACUGUCCAAUAGAUGUCAGAAGACCUCUAUAUAAGAAUAUUGUCCUGUCUGGCGGUUCCACCAUGUUCAGAGACUUUGGCCGGCGGCUGCAGAGAGACCUGAAGCGGUCGGUAGACGCCCGGCUCAAAUUGAGUGAGGAGCUCAGUGGAGGAAGGAUAAAGCCCAAGCCCAUGGAGGUCCUGGUGGUUACACACCACAUGCAGCGCUAUGCCGUGUGGUUUGGAGGAUCCAUGCUUGCCUCUACGCCUGAGUUUCUCCAGGUUUGUCACUCAAAAAAGGACUACGAUGAGUUUGGCCCCAGCAUCUGCCGCCAUAACCCAGUCUUUGGUACCAUGUCCUAAUGCUAAGACCCACACCUACAGAACCUGCUGUUGACCCCAGCCUGGGGUCAGUCCAUGCAUCGUGAUUGAUGUCCUUACUUUACCACCAUAGCACUCUAACCUACCACACAAGAGCCCCUUAGACGUUGAUGUGCAAUUUAAUUUCUCAACUACAGUAUAUUGUACAAUCAGUAUAGGCUAAUUAGAAUUAAUGUGAAGGAUAAAAGUCAUUGAAUUAGACAAAGACAUCUUAUAGCACACAUACAGUGAAUUUUCAAUAUUGUCAUUGUAGCAACAUUGCAGACUAUUUAAUAGAGUUAAACAAGAAAAAAUCUAAACUGGAACACUUUGGUUAAAGCCAUGAACUGAAGACUGUUUUCUUGCACCUACUCUCUUAGUUUCGCUGUACACUCUUAAGAUUAACUUUAGAUCCCAUCCCAGGCUGCAUGAAUCGUGUGGGAAGGCAACCCACGCUACUUCUGGAGCAGCCCAAGUUACGUUUGUCCAAUAUCCAUAGAAUGUCAUGCUUUGAAAUUGUAUAUAGAAUAUAUAGCUAAAGAUACUAUAUAUUACAAUAUAACAUAUUUAAAAAUGUGUUUAUAUUUGUAUUAAUGAUUAUCAGAACAGAUAUAUAAAGAUGUAGAUCGUAUGCUGUUCUUCAUUGACGUGAAAUAGUGUAACGUGAAAGAAGAGAUAUUUCCUUUAUUAGGUCCAAAAGUAUUUAUUAAAUUAUUUUUAUCAGCCACAAAUUAUCUAUGGUAUAUAAUGAUAUUGAAGUAUUUAUUUAUACAUUUCUGUGUAUCUAGAAGUUAUUUCCGUAGGGAACUGUGCCCACUAAAAAUAAAACUGCUGUAUGAUGUGAAUAAAGGUACUUGGCACCUUCA